CAAAACCUCAUUUGAUAUUUUGUCUUACAAUUAUCCGGUGGAACAGUGCUUGAUGAAUGACCCUCGUGCGGCGUGCUCGUGUUGUUUUUAUGGUUUCUCGUUAUUACUUGUUAGCUGACUUUAAACGGUUCAACUGAAACUAAAAAGAAGUGAACAGAACGAAAGAUGCAAAAGGCUUCACUUCUCUGUUCUUCGAACCUAAUCUCUUCGCCGCCAACCUCUCUUUACACUCGCCUUCCUCUCACAGCUCCCUUUAGAAACCGCUGCUUUCGUUCUUUGUCUGCUUCCCCUCGGCUCCGCUUGUCACUGAAUCGUUUCCAUGGUGGCCGCCAUGGCCUUUCUCCUCUGCACAGCACUGCUACCGAAGAGAUGAUUGAAGCUAGCAAGAAUGUGUCUGGUUUUGUUGAAAUUGGGUUCCUAUCCAGUGUUCAUGGGCUACAAGGAGAGAUUUGUAUAAAACCCAGAACUGAUUUUCCUGAAUUGCGGUUUUGCAAGGCUGGGAGAAGAUGGUUAAGGCAACAAGUUUCAGGUAAAGAAACAAUUAAAGAAGUAGAGCUUAUUGAAGGAAAGGAACAUCCUGGACGGAAGAGUUGGAUAAUUAGGUUCAGUGGGAUUGAAACUGUGGACCAGGCUAGCCAACUUGUAGGUUCAACUUUAUUGGCGGAGGAAGAAGAUAGGCCACGCUUGGAAGAAGGUGAAUUUUAUACUCGUGAUCUUGUUGGAAUGAGAGUCAUUCUCAAGGAAACUGGUCAAGUUGUGGGAACAGUUGUUAAUGUUUUCAAUAGUGGAGCUAGUGAUCUUUUACAUGUCAUGCUCAAAUCAUCUGUACUUAUGCCUAAUGGAAGUGGGUCUAAUUCGACAGAAUCUGGUGAUGCUGGUCCCCUUGUUUGGGUACCUUUUGUUGAGGAAAUCGUUCCUAAUGUUGAUUUGACUAGAAGAGAAAUGCAGAUCACACCUCCAAAGGGACUCCUUGAGUUGAAUGUACGCUCUGAUGAGAGGUCCAAGAAAGAAAGGCGCCAACUUGAAUGGAAAGAAAGGAAAAAGCAUCAAAAACGCUUAAUAGCUGCAAAAAAGAAAUUGUGUGAAAUGGAGCAACAACAUAUAUUUCAUGGGUUUAGAUUUGGAGAGAAGUCUGAAACAAGCUUACUUGCAGAUCAGAUUCUCAGUGUUAAUUCCAAAUUGCUUCAGCAGGCAUUGCAAAAUAUUGAGAUAGCUUCAAAGAGAUGGAGUAUAACUGAAUCACUCACUGGAACUAUGCUGGUGAGGAAUAGAUUGAGGAUAUCAGAAAAACGCUUUACUCCAUGCACAAGUGAAGAGAAGCUGGGGGCAAAUUUCAAUUUGCAGGAAAAGGCACUCCAUCUUGUUUCUAAAGGCAAAGUUGCUCUUGUUUUAGAUAUGAGUGACCAGAGGAACCAGGGGAAAGAAUAUGACCCUAGUCUUGCUUUCUCAGUAAGCAUGGAGAAUUCAGAAACAUCCUUCCUUCAGACAUUGCUUUGCAAUGAUGAGAGGUUUGUGAAGGUAGAAUAUCGUUUAUCAGUGCCACUGGUUUUGAUUUGCCCAGCUGAUGAAAUCAAUUCUAUGGAGAAGCUAUUUUUAAGCAACAAUUAUUUUGGGUUUGACCCUGAAAAGGUUUGGUUCUUGGAAGAAGAGAAGCUGCCAGUUGUUAGCAGUUUGCUGGAACAGAACAGGCAUAAGAUUUUGAUGAAAUCACCUUGGGAGAUAUUGCAGUCACCAGUUGGAUCUGGAGGAGUCAUUAGCUUGCUUUCUUCAAAUGAUAUUGCAGAGAAUCUUGCCCGAAUGAGUGUGGAGUAUAUCCAGGUAUGCCGCGGUGAAAGAUAUAUCAGUGGGAGCUCGCUGCUCCUUGGAUUUGUUAACUCAAAGGAAGCAGAUAUCGGCGUUCAAGUUUUCAAAGAUAGAGAGGAUAUCGAGGAAGGUUUUGGCAUGAUAUUCUCGAUGGACAUAAUGAAGAAGUUGACAAGACAAAUCAAUAAACUUCAAUUCUAUGCUGUUGCAAAGCCGAAUUCACAUGUGGAGCUAGUUGAGAAAGAGUGGGUUGAGGUUGAUCCUUCCUCACCGAACUCGUACGAGUUUUAUUCUACAAUAUUUAGUUGCUUAAACGCCUGUUCUUUGGGUAAAAUUUGUGUAACGGAAAUCACAAAAUAGCGUACAAAGAGAGUUAUUGCUUUUCCACAUAGUAUACAUAUAUGACCUUUGCUUACCUUCCUUCUUUUGUUUCACUUUUGUUGGGGGCUCUUAGGGAAAGUGGCUUUGUUAGAAAUGC